CCCUACAACGAAUGUCAGAGUCUCUGUUUAUGGGACUGUGUGAUAAACUUGGGACCUCACAACUGGUAGCCAUGAGGAGACAUGUGAUGGACAUCAGGGAUAUGGUGAACAAUCAAGUGAGUGGUGAUAAGGGCAGUAUGAUAGUGAGUGGAAGUUACAAAGAAGGAUUCCGACUGAAAGGAUCAGAUAGGGACUUUAUGUUGUGGACAAAUAAUCACCGUGUGAUCUGGGACUUAUCUCAGUCUCAGUAUUACAACACACACAGAAAAACACUGAUCCUCUGUGACUCUUCUGAAAGUCCACCUGGAUUCACUUUGUUAUAUUUACUGUCACCAUGUGUACACACAGCAGUCCAGCGAGCUUGUGUUAGAGUGAAUAACAGGUAUUAUAUCUCUAGUUCAGAAUACAGAAAGUUUUGGUGUUCUUUUUCUGACUCCACCCCACAUGGACCCUGUGCCAGUGGAUUUCAUGGAACAUUUGAAUAUGAUUCUGCCUACUGCUUUGCCUCUGAAUUUUGGCCUCCUUCUGCCUUCACAUGGAUAGACAGAUGUCACUCAUGGCCCCAGCCUCAUGUUGUUGCUGACAUAGUAAAAAAUGGUUGUCACUUUGUAGCAAUGGGACAUAAGCUAGGACAUCAUGAAAACAAUGAAUGGAGAAUUUCUUUCUCUCAAGCAGAACAAAAACUUGUGUGUGCUAUGAAUCACUGUCAAUUCUUAACAUAUGGCUUGCUUAAAUUGUUCUUAACAGAAAUAAUUAACAAUGGACUAAGUAAUUAUGAUAAAUUACUGUGUUCCUAUCACAUGAAGACAGCAGUUUUCUGGGUAAUUCAACAGAAUACAUUACAACAGUGGUGUCCACAAACUCUCCUGGAAUGUUUCUGGGUCUGUUUUAAACUCAUCCUUAAGUGGGUGUAUGAGGGAGUCUGUCCUAACUUUUUCAUUCCCCAAAACAACAUGUUUCCGAGUAAAGUCCAUGGUGCAGCCCAACAUCAGCUAUUUAUAAGACUGUAUGGGUUUUAUAAGCAAGGUUUAGUAUUCCUGUUACACAGUCCCUCCAUUAGGUCUUGUAUUGUAAAUGUCCUUCACAACCCCAACCUCUCCAUCUGUACAGAUGAACAUACUCUGAUUUCUGAGGCUGAGUUUGAUAUGGAGCUAUUGUCGGAUAUAAACAAACAUGACACACUUUACACACCAAACCUAGAAACCUGUAUGAGAUAUCUACAUACAAUAGAACAGAUGAUGGUCUCACACCUCCUUACACAGUAUCAAGUUAUGACAUUACAGAGACUUACAGCUUCUGUCCUUCAGAACACUACUUUUAUGUUAUACAUGGAAACUUACACACAGGAAAACAAACUGAAGUAUAGAGCUGACAAAAUCUCCCAUCACAUGCUGAAAUUAGCAUCCAAGUUUGGUUGUAUUACUGACAUGCUGUACAUAGCCAUGUAUUAUUACAAGACACUUAGAUACAUGGAAGCUUUAUCUAUUAUAGAGAUGAUCAAGGUCAAGUUAGCACAACCAUACCUAAUGUAUGAGUAUAAUGUUAAUACAGUGAUGUAUACUGAGGCUGUAGAGGGACAGUCCUGGUCUACAAAGAUGAGACAGGCUGUAGCAAGGAAUAUCAGACUUUACAAUAGAAUCCAUUACAUCAAUGAAUUAAUACCUGAACAACAGUCUGCUCUACGGAAUAAGGAGUCUUUAUUACAUAUCCCACCAUUUGUAAUAUUAUACAUGCUACAGAUUUUUUGCUACAGACAUGCAGACACAAUGAGGGUACAAACAGCUCUAGAUGAUCUACAGACCCUUGUUCACAAUGAUCAGGGACAGCUUAUACCUCUAUAUCUCAGAGACAUAUCAUGGCAGAUUCUGGGGAUCUGUCAACAGGUGACAGGGAACCUCCAGGCUGCUCUAUACUCAUACCAACAAUCUCUCAGACAAAAACCAGUCCAUAAAAUACACACAGCUACAGAAAUGAGAAUACAGGGAACUUGUCACUAAGAUAACUAAAUUUGUAAAAUAUAGAAACCAAUCAGCCAAUCCGAUAAAGUUUAUAGUAAGAAUAUGUCUUCUCAUUCCACAAUAUCUUAUGAAAGACCAUUUCAUUGAUUCCAAAAUCUCAUUUUAUUUAGGAAUAGAGAAGUUAUUCCAACUUAUGAUAUGAUUAAAAAAUUUACCUCUCUCUGAUUGGCUGAGAUCCAACAAUGUUAGAAAAAUACUACAUUGUAUCAUAUACAGGUAAACUUUGGUAUACUGACAUCGGAUAUGUCGACAACCUGGGAUAUGUUGACGUACAUCCCUGGUCCCGGUGUUAUU